GAGCUCUCCUAGCGUUGAACCUGCUCCAGUACACCGGCCGGGCUUUAGCUAGGUUAGCUAGAACAAGUGACGAUUUCUAGUUAAAAUGUCCUACCCAAUACCGUCCGCAAAGCCCUCCAACCAUGAGAACCCUCGCGUCUUCUUCGAUGUUGAUGUUGAUGGUGAAAAAGCUGGCCGGAUAGUUCUGGAGCUGUUUGCUGAUAUCACCCCCAAGACUGCUGAAAACUUCCGGGCGCUCUGCACUGGCGAGAAAGGCAUCGGCAAAUUAACAGGAAAACCACUGCACUUCAAAGGAUGCCCUUUCCACAGAAUCAUUAAGAAGUUCAUGAUCCAGGGAGGGGACUUCUCUAACCAUAAUGGAACAGGUGGUGAGAGCAUCUAUGGAGAAAAGUUUGAGGAUGAAAACUUUCACUACAAGCAUGACAAGGUGGGUCUGCUGAGCAUGGCCAACGCUGGGCCAAACACCAAUGGCUCACAAUUCUUCAUCACGACUGUCGCUACGCCGCACUUGGAUGAAAAGCAUGUGGUCUUUGGACAAGUUUUAAAAGGGAUGGGAGUUGUAAAAAUGCUUGAAUCCAUUGACACUACAGAGGAUGCUCCUGUGAAGCCUUGUAUCAUAGCUGACUGCGGUGAGCAUAAGGAUGGGGACAGCUGGGGCAGCGCACCAAGCGAUGGAACAGGAGAUGCCCACCCAGACUUCCCCGAGGACUCAGACAUCAACUUUAAAGAUGUUGACAAAGUCCUGUCAGUUGCUGAAGAUGUGAAAAAUAUCGGAAACAACCUUUUUAAGAAUCAAGACUGGAAAGGUGCAGUCAACAAAUAUAGUAAAGCCCUCAGGUACCUGGAGAUGAGUGGAGAUCAUCUAGAGGAGGAGGCACAACAGAAGCUGGAGCCUACAGCACUCAGCUGCUUCCUCAACACAGCUGCUUGCAAACUGAAGAUGCAGCUGUGGCAGGAUGCUCUGGACAGCUGUAAUGAGGCUCUAGAGCUGAACCAAACAAACACUAAGGCACUUUUCCGGAGAGCCCAGGCCUGGCAGGGGAUGAAGGAAUACAACAAAGCUCUGACUGAUCUAAAGAAAGCUCAAGAUAUUGCUCCAGAUGAUAAAGCUAUCGCCAACGAGAUGAAGCGGGUUCAUCAGAAAAUCCAAGAGGAGAAGGAGAAAGAGAAGAAAAUCUAUGCCAAAAUGUUUGCAUGACCGUGUGACCUCACGAAGCGUUGAAUCAUUUGCUAAUAGGUGAUGUUACAAGUCUGUAACAGCGUGAAAAUGCACUGUUUUGAUUGGAUGGUUCAUGUCGUGUUUCACUUACAUUUUUCAUUGACUGUAUUCUGCUGUAAUAAGCAUCUUCACUGUGAUGAACAGAUCAAGUGUUUGUAUGAGUUCACCAAUGACAGCUGGAUUUUUAAGUAAGUUAAUGCUGUUUGUUGUACCAUCAUUGUUGAAUCUUUUUUUAAACAGCACUUUUGACCUCACACAGCGCAUCCAUUUGUUUUUUAUGGAGGUCAAUAAGGCAAAUAACAGUCAAGUUUUCUUUAUUCGUUUCUGUGACGUAAGUUUAUAUAUACAAUAAUCCUUUGAUUAAAUGCUGUCAAAAUAUGCCACA